AGGACUUCAGCGCCCCGAGUUUUAGCCUGCCGCUCCUGGCUCCUCGCGCCGCUAUGGACCUCUCUGCCAUCUACGAGAGCCUCCUGUCGCUGAGCCCUGACUUGUCACCCGACCACGGAGAAACUGAGCCUUCGGGAAUCUGGAGCCUGAACUUGCCUGAUUCUGGCUCCUCUGGGGUCACCCCCCGCCUGCCCGGCCGCUCCACCAGCCUCGUGGAGGGCCGUAGCUCUGGCUGGGUACCCCCACCGCCGGGCUUCGCGCCCCUGGCUCCCCGCGCUGGCCCAGAGCUGUCGCCCUCACCCACCUCACCUACUGCGACCUCGACCACCUCUUCUCGCUACAAGACGGAGCUCUGUCGAACCUUCUCCGAGAGUGGGCGCUGCCGCUACGGGGCCAAGUGCCAGUUCGCCCAUGGCUUGGGUGAGCUGCGCCAGGCCAAUCGCCACCCCAAGUACAAGACGGAACUCUGCCACAAGUUCUACCUCCAGGGCCGCUGCCCCUAUGGCUCCCGCUGUCACUUCAUCCAUAAUCCCAGCGAGGACUUGGCAGCCCCCGGCCACCCGCCACACGUGCUGCGCCAGAGCCUCAGCUUCUCGGGCCUGCCCUCGGGUCGCCGCACUUCCCCGCCUCCACCGGGCCUGACCGGCCCCUCCCUGUCCUCCUGUUCUUUCUCGCCCUCCAGCUCCCCACCCCCACCUGUUGACUUUCUCCUUUCCCCCUCCGCCUUCUCCGCUGCCCCUGGGGCCCCGGUGGCCCGGAAGGAGCCCACCCCAACCUGCUGCCCUUCUUGCCGAAGGACCACCCCCGGUGGCGUCUGGGGUCUGGCUCGCAGCCCCUCUGCACACUCCUUGGGAUCCGAUCCCGACGAAUACGCCAGCAGCGGCAGCAGCCUGGGCGGGUCCGACUCACCUGUGUUUGAAGCUGGGGUCUUUACAACCCAGCCCCCUUCAGCCCCGCGGCGCCUCCCCAUCUUCAAUCGCAUCUCUGUUUCUGAGUGACAAGUGACCCCCUAGUACAGAUCAGCCGGGUCUCGAGGGGGGGACUCCCAAUGUAAUAGGCGUGGCCCUCCCCCCACAUUCCAAAAUGCAUUAACCCACUCCCCUGAAGCCGCACCGGGGCAGGUCCCCGGUGUGCGGAGUCCAGUCAGUGUUCCCGGUGUUGGGUAGAGUGUUUUCUGGGAUCUUGCGAUGUAGCAUGUUUGAGGGGCCAGGGAGCUCUCUCCGCUGUCCAGUUCUGUCUCCUGGAAUCUUACAUGCUGUGAAUAGUAGGCCCCCUCCCCAGUUUUUUCUAGACCUGCAUUUCCAGUGUCUGGUGAUUGGAGCCUCCCCUGAGGGAGAAUCCUGGUGCUCAAAUUUCCCUCCACAAGCAAGUAGCCAAAGCCAUUGCCAAGUCCCAGCCCCCAAAGUGGGCCCCUUAUUUAUGACGACUUUAUUUAUUCUAAUAAGAUUUUAUAGUAUUUAUAUAUAUUAGGUCGUCCGCUUCCCUUGUAAUUUUUUCUUUUUUUGUAAUAUUAGAAAAUGGUAUAAUUAUUAUAAGUUGCCAUAAUAUUAAUAUAUAUUGUUACCUCGAAAAUUAUUUUUGUUUUUAAAUUUGUUAAAUAAAGAAUAUGCGUGUAAAACUGG